CCUUCAUACGCACGUACAGAGAAAAAGAAAAAAAGAGACAGACAGACAGACAGACAGACGGAGAAAGAGAGAGAGAGAGAGAGAGAGAGAAGAAAUUACUCUCUUUACGUUUAGUUAUAUUAUAUAUAGCUGCAUUUAAUAAACCGAUUAGUGCAAUCAUCGAUUCUGUGUGAUUUGUGACACUAAAUAUUUCUGAUUUUUUUGGUCCAACAUUGCUCAUAUAUGAAUAAGUAAACUAAUAUUACAUAAUACAUAGUUUAUGUUAUGAUAAUACCGGUUAGUUAUUUUACUCUUGAAGAUAAUUCCAAGUGAAAACAAAUAUAUAAUCGAUUGUCUUAUUUAAACUAUUAAAUUAUCGAACAUUAUGAGUAAUAGUAUGAGGACUACAAUUCUAAAAAAGAUUACAAAAUCUUUACAAAGUGAUAAUAAUAUAAACAUAUUUGAUAUUGCAUCUUAUUUGCAUUUUAAAAUGCAGAAAACAAAUGGAGUCUAUUCCUUUUUACUUCCAUUAAAAACCAAACAAUAUGAUAUGCAAACUAAGGCACAGAAUAUCAUAGAUAAUGAUCCAAAUAAUAUUUUUAAUGUCAGUAUAGAAAACAAUGCAAUAUCUUUCAACUUUUCCAGAGAGAAGUGCAUUAAAGAAAUUUUGGAAUGUAACUGUUUUACAGUAUCGGCUCCAACUUUUGUCAAUAAUAAGAAAAAUAUAAUAGUGGAGUUUAGCUCACCUAAUAUCGCAAAACCCUUUCAUCUAGGACAUUUAAGAUCCACAAUAAUAGGAAAUUAUAUUGCUAACAUCAAUAACUUUGUAGAAAAUAAUGUCAAGAAAAUAAAUUACUUAGGUGAUUGGGGUACACAAUAUGGUCUAGUUCAAUUGGGAAUUGAUAUAGCAAAUAUUAGUGAGGAUGAAAUGAAAAAGAGUCCUAUAAAAGCAUUAUACACGGCAUACGUUACUGCCAAUAAAUUGGCUGAAACAGAUUCAUCUAUAUUAGAUCGUGCAAGAGAAAUAUUUAAUGAUUUGGAAAAAGGCAUAGGUGUCACGUGUGAACAAUGGAAAGCAUUCAAACAAUAUACUAUCGAAGAAUUGAAAAAGACGUAUGGUAGAAUUGGUAUCACAUUCGAUGAGUAUCAUUGGGAAUCUAUGUAUAAUGCCAAGAAUAUGGAGAAAAUAAUUAUGUUAAUGGAGAAAAUGCAGUUAUUAGUAACAGAUGAACAAAAUAGAAAAGUUGUAAAUUUAGAAAACGGUAAAAUCGUUCCUUUAAUAAAAAGCGACGGUUCUACAUUGUAUAUAGCUAGAGAUAUUGCUGCAGCUAUUGAUAGAUUUGAAAAAAAUAAUUUUGACUGUAUGUAUUACGUAGUAGAUAAUACUCAAGCCGAACAUUUCUUAAAUUUGUUGGAUAUAUUGAAACGAAUGAAAAUGCCAUGGGUUGAAAGAUUGAAGCAUAUAAAAUUUGGUCGAUUACAUGGUAUGCGUACGAGGAAAGGAAGUAUAACGUUUCUAGAAGAUAUCUUGAACAUCACUAGAGAUAUUAUGAAACAGAAACAAUUAGAUUCACAUACCACCAAGGUUCAUCUAGAUUCAACAGAUAAUAGUUCGGAUAUAUUAGGCAUUUCUGCAAUAAUAAUUAAUGAUUUGAAGAAAAGACGACAACGGGAUUACACAAUCGAUUUAAAUGCAGCAUUUGAUUUGAAAGGGGACACUGGUGUGAAGCUGCAAUACACUCACUGCCGACUUGUUAAUUUGAAACGCAAUUGCGGCGCUGUCUUACCUUCGGAAUGCGAACCGAGCCUCUUACGAGAAGAAGUUGUCGAUGAUUUAAUCAUAUUAAUUGCCAAAUUCGAAGAGAUAGUAUUGAAGUCGUACGAAGAAAUGGAACCAUGUAUAUUAACGACAUAUCUUUUUCAUUUAAGCCACGCAAUUAAUAAGGCUUUCAAAAUAUUGAGAAUAAAAAAUGAAUCACCUGAUAUUGCUAGUCAAAGACUCUUGUUGUUUCACGUUGCUAGAAAUAUUCUUGCACAAGGUAUGAAAUUACUUGGUCUAAUGCCUCUAGAGGAAAUGUAACGCUGUGAAAAGAUGGAAGAGAUAUAUCUACAACGAAGAAAAGUAAAAAAAAUGAAUGUAAUAGGAAUGAAUAAAAAUAUAAAUAUAUUUAAUAAUGGAUGAUAGAGAGAGAGAGAGAGAGAGAGAAAUACAGAAAUAAUUUUAUCUGAUAAAAGAUCAAUUAUGAAAUUAACGUUUCAUCGAGAUUAGUGUCAGAUCAUACCGAUAUCGAAUCAUCUGAUUUACAAGGAGCAUCUUCGUUCACUUUCAUCGUAGCAAUCAGUUUCUCAAUCGUCGUUUGUAGGACGGCAUCGGAGAUCUCCUUGUUUUGCUUCAACCAGGCAGCGUGAUCAUUUAAAUUGACGUCAUCGUUCGCAGAGAUGAUAUUCU